AUGUGGAACGACGAGGACAAUAACCCCUACGGGACUAGCUUUGAGCGUCGCGACUCAACAGCCUCCUCUAUAGUAAAUCCGGCCUCCCCAGGCUCUCAUGACAAUACUGACAUCGCCACCGAUUGGCAACUUGUAGACCAAGCGUACAACGGCCCUCGAACCCCCUCUACCAUAAGUGACAACGCCGAUCAUGACACAGAUACCCACCCACAGCAAUACCAGAAUGAUACCAUUGAUGCCGGAAGUGACGAAGAAUACGAGGGGGGUUCAAAGGCAGCUCCCAGAAGGAAGAAGGGCGGUUAUGACAGUCGUAUUGAGCAGAUCCUCUAUGAGAACCCAGAACUGCCCAUUCUGAUUGUCGAUGCUGGCAAGAGCUCCGAGAGCGGGGGGAAAUACAUUGUCUACACCAUCAGAACAGGAGACCUUGAAGUCCGUCGAAGAUACUCCGAAUUCGCUUCCCUCCGAGAUGCCCUCUCACGAUUACAUCCUACGUUGAUCAUACCCCCUAUCCCAGAGAAACAUACCAUGGCCGAUUAUGCUGCGAACCCAACAAAGGCAAAGCAGGACCAGCAGAUUAUCGAUUUAAGGAAACGCAUGUUGGCAGUGUUCCUCAACCGGUGUAGGCAGAUGGAUGAGGUCCGGAACGACGGCGUUUGGUGGAGAUUUCUUGAUCCAAAUUCGAGCUGGAACGAGGUUCUACAUUCUCAUCCUAUUGCUUCUAUCCCCAAAUCUAACAUGAAAGCCCCACCACUUGACCCCGCCAACCCCUCCCCCGCCCAUGCUUAUCUACCAGUACCUGCAUCAUCUGCAAAGCUCAAGGCUUCGUCAUUAGGGCCUAGCAAUGCACAAGGUAUGCCAAAUACACCCUCCGAGUAUGCUGCAAGCCCUUCGAGCGCGGCACAUACAAUCCCAGGUCCACAAGUGUUUGGAAGAUUUCCACCAGAUUCCCAACAUCUAAGCGAACAAGAUCUCGAUCCGUAUUUCAUCAAUUUCGAAGCGUCAACGAAGGAUUUAGAGUUGUUGCUUACAGGGUCCAUCGAAAAGGUCAACCGUCGCACGUUAACACACCUGUCUUCUUUAUCAACGGACUUGGCAGAACUUGGUGCUAGGUUCAACGGAUUCUCGCUCUCAGAGCCUUCCCCGUCAUUAGCAGCGGCUAUUGAGCGAGUCGGUCAGGCUGUGGACUCAUCGUACCUAGCAACAGAAGAGCUAUCGGGGUCAUUAGGUGCAAGUUUUGCUGAACCAAUGCGAGAGAGUGCCCAGUUUGCUGGUGUGGUUCGAGGGGUUCUACGGUACCGUGUGCUCAAGCGAGUUCAACAAGAGAUGACGAAUGACGAACUAGCCAAGAAGAGGGCACUUCUUCAAUCUUUAGAACAAAGCGAAUCUGAAGCGAAUAGAAUCGAGCAGUACUUGACUAGUAGUGGUACCGCAAAUCUGCCUAGACGUUCAACUUCUUCGGCGAGAGAGCCCCCGCAUUCGAGAAGAGAGAAUAAUCAGGAAGACACCGCAUCCAUUGAUUCCGACUUCCCUCCCACCCACGGCGACUCGCCGAGUACUCCUUCAGCGGCACAAGGGGCGCCGCAUGGAGAAGGGGAGCUUUCUCCAGCUCACCGCAAGAGCGCAAGUGGCAACUUUAUUACGAACAGGAUCUUUGGCCGGCUCAACCAUGCCAUUCACGGAGUCGUUGAUGUAGAUCCAGAACGUACGCGAAGGGAUCAGAUAGGCAAGACUAGAGAAUCGAUUGGGCAGUUAGAGCAAGCUCAGCAGGCAUCUGAGCAAGAUGUCAAGGAUGCAAGUUCGGGUAUCUUGAAGGAUAUGAAGCGCUUUCAAGCUGAGAAGGAGGAUGAUUUGAAACGGUACAUGCUUGCGUAUGCUCGAAGUCAAAUCGAAUGGGCCAAGAAGAACAAGGAGACGUGGGAAGAGGCCAAGGCGGAAAUCAAUAAGAUAGAUGAGAAUUGA